UGUAUAAUAAUAAUCAUAUACCUAUACGGUCUGCGUUCCUCGUACAAUGUGGUGUCUUCGUGCCGCAGAAUGCAGAUCAAUAUAUCGUACGAAUCUACCUAAUAAUAUUCCGCUGUGUCGCAUACAAUGUUAACUGUACGCUAAUCGCUUAUAAUAUAACGUACAGUAAGAUAUUCGCUUUCAAAAACACGGGCGUACCCGCACUUGCUUAAAUAAUAAUAUUACAAUACUGUCGUCGACUCAAGAACACAUCGACAGAACAGUGCUAUAUUUACGCCACGUGUGUUCAUGAAGAAAUGACAAUAAAUCAACAUGAACAGAUACAUGACUCUGAAUCAGCUUGGAGACGGCACGUAUGGAUCAGUCGUGUUGGGACAAAACAUCGAUACAGGAGAAAAGGUGGCCAUUAAAAGAAUGAAAAGAAAAUAUUAUUCUUGGGACGAAGCAAUGAAUCUGAGAGAAGUCAAGUCUUUGAAAAAAUUAAAUCAUGCCAAUUUAAUAAAGCUGAGAGAAGUCAUUAGAGAAAACGAUACUCUCUACUUUGUAUUCGAAUAUAUGAAAGAAAAUCUUUAUCAGCUUAUGCGGAGUCAAAGUAAAUUUUUUCCCGAACAGUCCAUCAGAAAUAUACUUUAUCAGAUAUUGCAAGGAUUGGCGUUCAUGCACAGGCACGGUUUCUUCCACCGGGACAUGAAGCCAGAGAACCUACUGUGCUGUGGCCCCGAGCUCGUCAAGAUCGCCGAUUUCGGUUUGGCCAGGGAGACUCGGUCGCGCCCCCCUUACACCGACUACGUGUCCACCCGGUGGUAUCGGGCGCCCGAGGUGUUGUUGCAUUCGAUCAAUUACAGCACUCCGAUCGACUUGUGGGCCGUCGGAUGCAUCAUGGCCGAGCUGUACACGUUCAGACCGUUGUUUCCGGGCACGAGCGAGAUCGACCAAAUAUUCAAAAUAUGCUCGGUCCUGGGCACGCCCGACAAGAAAGAAUGGUUUGAAGGUUACCAGUUGGCAUCAGCUAUGAGUUUUAAGUUUCCUCAAUUCAAACGAUUGGCGCUUAAUACAGUUGUACCAAAUGCAAGUCGUGAUGGAAUACAUCUUAUGGAAUUACUACUUAGUUGGAAUCCGAUUCGAAGACCAAGCGCACAAAGCGCGUUGAGGCAACCAUACUUCCAAGUAGGACAACUACGUUUGAGUCAGGACGUAGGAGAGGUGUCCUACGCUAAGAUUGGCCAACAAAAAAGGCAGCCCGUUCAACUAAUGAAAUCUCAAAUUUCACUCUUACAAUCCAACAGUAACAAACAAUUGAAAUACGAAAAACAAUGGGAAACAUUGGCGAAUAAACCAGUCGGUAAUAAAGAGAAAACAUGGUACGAUAAUGAAGCGGAUGUCAUGGUGUUGAGUAAAAAGAAACUGAGCGCCAAGCAACAUUAUCUAUCCGUGGCCAGAUAUGUAACGGGGAGGGCUUCCAACUUCCAAGCAGCUGAGAAUGAGAAUAUGUCAAAAAGCAUGAGAAAUGAUACAUUUCCAUCCGUAAGCAAAGUGUCUUAUGGCCAAAGCGAUAAGAAUAAAAAUGGCAAACGACAUGGAAAAAACGAUUGGACUUCAAAGUACUUGGAGUAAAUUGAGUUAUUAUUAAAAUCAAAAGCUGAAUUUAAUCA